GAAGGAUGGCCCCCGAAGCUACUGUUCGUCAUAGCCGCCGUUUUCAGCAUGAGCAUUGGGAUGACCUACAUCAUUGGCGAAAUCAACUCUCCUGCUGAUCUGAUUACUGACUUCAUGAACACGACCCAAAUAGAGAGGACAGGAGAGCCGAUGACCAGGUCUGACGUGGACAGUAUGUUCGGCCUUCUGGCGGCCAUUCUCGGCCCAGGGGUCAUCGUUGGAGGCAUCACUAUCUCCCUCAUCGGCGACAGAAUCGGGAAGAAGCCAGUGAUCUUGAUGACAACAGUUCUUGGCUCAGCCGCUGUACUCAUCAUGGGCCUGUCGAAACCGGCCAAGUCAACUGAGAUGUUGUAUGUUGGACGUUUCUUGGGUGGCUUCGUGUUAGGCUUCAGUGUCAUAGGCCCAUCCUAUGUGGCAGAACUCUGUCAGCCCCAUCAGCGUGCUGUUAUAGGAAUGAUCAAUAUGAUCCUUCAGGGCUUCGGCUUCAUCAUCAGUCAGGUGUUGGCCUAUGAGGAGCUCUUGGGAACAAAAGAGCUCUGGCCUUACUUGUUGGCAUUCCCGGCUAUCGUGUACACCAUCACCGGGCUGUUUUUUGCCACGUGUCCAGAGAGUCCUCGGUAUCUGCUCAUGAACAAAAAGGACGAGGAAGGAGCUGCGAAAGCUCUACGUUGGCUCCGAGGCAAGACAGAUGUCACAGAAGAUAUCAAAGAACUUUAUGAAGAAGCAGAAGAGUCCAAAGUUGCAGCUCAGAUAUCCGUGCUGGACCUGUUCAGGACACCGCUCUUACGAAGACCUACGCUUGUGAUGAUCGUAAUUGGGAUUCACCAGAACUGGAGCGGUACCAAUGGGAUCCUUUUGUUUUCCAACUCUAUGUUCAGAGACGCCGGAUUUGUGGGGAAAGAGGCGAAAUACGCCACCUCUGGCAUCGGUUUGGCCCUCUUAGCAGGAAACAUAAUCGCUGUUUUCUGCCUACCUAGGUUUGGGCGAAAGAAAGUGCUCAUUAGUGCCACCGCUGUGAUGGGGGUUUUGUGUGCAGUCGUGGCCCUCACCCUUGUUUUCAAGUUUGCAUCUUCUGGAUACUUCCGAACGAGAUAUUUCCGCACAGUGCCCGUGGACCUGGGUUUAUUGUGGCAAAUACCAUCGCUUUCACAGGCUUUUUCAUUCACGCCUACGUCUUCCCUGCUCUACUUGACCUGAUGGGAUCCUACACGUUCUUUCUCUACACCGUCCUGAACGCCUUGAUGAUUGUCUUCUGUGUGUUCCUCAUGCCGGAGACGAUGGGCAAAAGCUUCCCAGAGAUUGCCAAGUCCUGGUCCAAGACCCCGCCCCCUGAAGACUUGAUGGAACCCACCCAUCAUCAAAACAAACAUGAUUUUGAAUUCGAGAUACCAGAGCCAAGCGAGAAGAACAAGGAAGGGGGGAAACUGAAUUUGGGAUAUGGUGAAUCUCCGAAAAGUUCUAAUAUUAUGUAUGAUAACAAUAAAGACAGUCUUCCAAAAAACGCUGAUACCGAUAGGGCAACGACUCCUUUCUAAAUAUGAUACUGUACAUAAUGUAAUAUAAUAU